AAUCGCUGGAGCUCGACAUGGCUGCUCCCGAGGACCCCGAUGAGACGAGCACGCUGCUGCAGCGCGCACUGGAGCUGGCCUGCGCCUCCAUGGAGGAGGGCUCGCCGUGGUCCCUGCAGGGCCUCUGGAUCCUCGUGCACGGCGGCAACCUGACGGCUGCCCUGAGCGCGCUGCUGGGCGUGCAGUGCCUGCUGGACGCGGCCGUGCACCUGGGCGGCGAGGCCAACCGUAGCACGCAGGACGCGAUGAACGCCGCCAUCGUGCUGUGCGGCGCCUGCUACCAGCGGUUCUGGGCGCGCGACCGCCACCUGGUGCGGGGGCUGCUCGCCGACCUGCUCCGCCUGACGCGCCGCCUGGAGGGGCUGGCGCUGUGCGCUGGCCCCGAUGAUCCCCAGGAGGUCGCGCUCGAGGCGGAGCGGGCCGCUCGCGUGCGCCGCACGGCCAGGCUGCUGUCGCUUUGCCGCUCAGCCAUGAUCCUGGACGUGCCCGUGGCCCUCGUGUUCAUGGUGACGUGGCCGCUCAUCUCCGUCCGCCUCACCUUCCCCAACGACCACUUGCCGGGAGUGGGCUCGGCCGGCGAGCUGGCCGGUGAGCUGGGCGUCGGCGGGCUCUGGUUCGGCCUGCAGUACGCACUGCAGUCGGCCGCCAUCUCGUGCUCCUUCUUCUGCUUCGCCGGGCUGCAGGUUGUACACGUGACCCUGGCCCUGGUGAGCGCAGCGCUGCUGCGCACCCUGGCGCAGAUGGUGCAGGUGGCGCGCACGACCCGCCAGCUGUACGCCGCGCUGGACGACCACCGCGAGCUGCUGCAGGUGCUGGCGAGCUUCUCGCGCGUGUUCGAACAGCCGCUGUUCCACAUCCACUGCGGCGCACUGGGCUUCGCGCUCCUCGCCACCACGGCGCUGGUCAAGGGCCACCACGACCUGUACGUGCUCGGGCUGUGGCCCAUCGCGUUCGCCUACACCACGGUGCUGGGCCUGGAGGGCGACCUGGUGCAGGAGAGCAGCGAGCUCAUGCUGCACGCCGCGUUCGCCGGCCACUGGCAGGAGGGCGCCCGCCGCUUCCGCAGAGACGCGCUGUUCGUCAUGCUGCGCGCCACCAAGCCCGUCUCCAUCCGCGCCGCCUGGCUGGGCAACCUCUCGCUGCCCACGCUGCACAGCCUGCUCAGCUCGUGGUACUCGUUCACGCAGCUGUUUAUCCGGCUCAGCUAGAGGGC